UCAAAAAAACCAAACAAACACGUGCUCGUGUUUACAAUUUAUUUUAGUUACUGUUAUUUAUUUAAAGAUGCCUAAAAUAAGUACUAUAGAAAAACUCAAACAUCCCAACAGUAGAAAAACCGUUUCGCUAGCCAAGAAAAUGCUUAAAAAUGAGAAGAAAAACAACAAUAAAAUUGGUACUCACAUAAAGCAAAACUUAAUCGGCGAAAAAAUUCUAUGGUUUAAAGAGAGAAUUCCAGAAGGUUGCUUGAUUUUAAAUAAAGAGGAGACUUUAAAAUUAGUUGAAACAUAUUUAGCGAGAUUUGACGAAGAGUUGGCACAGAUAAAUUUAAAAAACUCUAUCGGUAAAAGGAGAAGCCGACAACACGCGAGUCGAGAAGAUGUCAUCAAUAUCACGAAGAACAGGGAGUGUGAAGAGUUCGCUACGUGCGGCCUGGAGAUCCCCGAUCUGAUGGACGCCUCACAGAUGGAAGUACUGCGGAACUGGAAUGGUGAACUUAGAUACUUACAACACUUUAAGCUGAAAAGAGUAGCUAAAAAACACUUAGUUUAGUGUUGUUUAAUUUUUUGGAAAUAUAUUCUGUUGUACAUUUCAAACAAAGCCUUUUCAUGUAUUUAAUUUAUUAAUUUGAUGAAAUUGGAGCAAGCUUGGCACCAUCCCAUAUUGGCAGUAUCUGUAUAAUACUUAUUUAGUUCAUAUUUGCUACACAGUGUGCACAACAUGUUUCAAUUAAUAUUAUUGUAAUUCAAUAAAUAAGUUAAUGCUAAAUAGGUAUUGUUACUUAUUUGGUGGCUUAAUAAUUGGUUUAGGAAUACUUAUAGUCAUUGGUUAUCAAUAAGAAUAGUAAGUGAAAGGUUCUGUAUGGUAAAUUUCUGAAACAUGUGAGUUCAACAAAACAACAAUUAAGUUUAAAGUUUAUUAAAUUCAUAUUUACAAUACUUAAAUAACAAUUAGUCUAGUCAGAAACCUGAAAUAAAACUUGUUAAAAUUUAAAAGGUAACAAAUGAUUUGAUUAGAUAAAUGUUUAUAGCAUAAACAUUUAUUUACAAUAUACCAGAUUCAGUCAGGUCAAAGGAUAAAAGUUGGGCCUCUUUUUUAAAUCCAAGCUAAAGUUCAUUGUUGUAAAACAAUUACAUUACUGUGUAUCUAACAUUUAUAUAAAAUUCAAAAUAGUAAAGAUGAUGCAAGAACUACCUGCAUCUAAGCAAAAGAAUUAAGCGUUAAGACCACCAGAGUUGGCUAACCAUUGGGAUUUACUAUCAAGUAAUUCCAACCAAACAACAUAAGUUGUCAUCCAGUCAUUUUGAGAAUGAUUGUUAUAGCUCCCUCUAAUAAAGAGAGAAGCCUGUACACAGAGUUGGAGUAGUAUUUGAUACCUAUGCAAAAGUAUUUAGGAGUGCAACAUACCAAAAACGAGACUCAAAAUAAAGGGCACCACCAUGCUGAGGUUUGGUUGGCAGCCGGCAUUUAAACGGUGCAAAAUAACAUAAAAAAAUCAGAUUUUAGAAGUAUUUUGAUACCUGAAAAGUCUUAUCCACCCCUUUCAUAAGAGACGGAAAAAGGUUAAAUUUGUGUAAUCGAAAAUGCCCUCUGACAUCAGUUUGGCAGUGCACUCUAUUUUUAGUCUCAUUUUUGUUGCAUUAAACUACUAAAUAUUGUUGUAUAGGUAUUAAAUACUACUAAAACUUUGCUAAAUAAUGGAUCAUUUUAUUACACUACUUACCACCCGCAGUUCUGAGAAGUGUACGUGUACAUGUUAAUUAUAAACAUUUUUACAUGCAUUU